AUGGAUGCAGUUUAUCGAUAUCCUCAAUUCUUAAAUGCUGCUGAUUCCUUUUAUGACGCUAUGGAUAUAAGCAAUGCAAUGAUAUCUACAGGACCCAUUUCGUCGCGUCCUCCUUUAACCAACAAUAUAACAGAAGGCCCAUUGUUGGACUCUUCCACCGAUUUUUCGCAGGAAAAGGGGCCCAUGGCAGCAUACACCGAUAUCUAUUCGUCUUUGGCAGCCGCUUCCUCUGCGGCCUACCUACACUAUCUGCAAUCAUGCUCGCCUAAAUUAUCGACCUCAUCCAUUUACGUGGAACCCUCCAUUUUCGGAAACGACGGCGGAAUUCACUCCACACUCGACAUGGAUCCCAGCUAUACUUCUCAUGAUAACCUUGCUGUGAAACAACAAUACCAGUGGCUGUAUGAUGACCCUAUCGAUGCCUACUUCCCUUUAGCUGAUCCGUUUUCAUUGCCUUUGCAAGAAUUGGUUCCAUCUUUAUCUGCAGAAGAAAGUGACGGCAUUGUUCAUUAUGGAGGAAAACAGCGACCACUACAACGUUCCUUUGUCAGUCUGAAUGAUGUACACUCGUUUAUUGCGCAAGAAGGUCCUGAGCAACCAUCCACAUCGAGUAGCCCCUCAUCAAGUGCCACCGAAAAAUAUGAUAUUAUAGAUGAUCACGGUGUAAAAUCCGUCCAUCAUGAGCCGCAGGUGUAUCCCAUCCCGCACUCUUACACCUCACUUUCUUUGAAGCGCGCCUACUCGUUCACGCCCGAUUCCGAUCGCGACACGACACCUGAUGAUGGCUCAGAUACGGAUUCAGCCCAAAGUCUGCUGUCGCCUCAAGAAACACAAAAACUAGUGCUUAAACUGCGCAAGCAAAGUGACACUGUGCUUUCACGUUUGGCGGGCCGGACAAAGGAAAAACAAAAACCAGCUUCCAAUACUGCCAAUAGAAAACAUAGAUCCACACUCAAUCCUCACAGUAGCAAAAAGGCGCUCAGGACAAAGAAAGCAUCGCCUAAGGCAAGAGUCGCACGAGCCGCUACUACAUCUGGCAUUGUAUCGAGGCAUUUUCGGUCUUCGGAAAGUAUCAGCACUGGACUAGCGCGUCAGCGACUAUCCGACACCGACGAUGAUUAUGAGGAGCAGCAUGACCAAGACGAGGAAAAUGAGGACGAAAAUGCGGAUGACGACGAAUAUCAAGUUGGUGUCGGUGGUUCAACGGCGGCAGUGGCGAGUUACAAAAAAGGACGCAACGUCGAUAAAGCAUGUAAUCACUGUAAACGAUCUCACCUGCGCUGUGAUGAUAUGCGUCCCUGUCGUCGCUGCAUAUCCACCGGCAAAACUGGCUGCAAAGACGUGCAACAUAAACCGAGAGGUCGUCCAAAGCUUCACAAAAAGUAG